AUAAUAAUAAUAAUAAUAAUAAUGUAUCAAUGAAAUUGCAUAAAAAAUCAAUUCCUCGUCCAUUAUCUACAUCAGAAACAGUCAAAUAUUGUUCACCUUCUAUAACAAUAUCAAAUAUAAUGAGUCGAUCAGCAAUCAAUGAUAGUCAUAGUUCAUCAUUAUUAUUUGAUAAACAAUCUAAUAAACAUUUGAUGAAUAGAAGUUUUCAAUCAUCUACAAUUGUUACCAUUCCAAUUCAAACAACAACUACAACGAUGUUAAUUCCACGUUCACCUAUUUAUAGUAAAUUUGUUGAUUUAAGAGAUGAUCCACCAUUAGAGUUGCCUAUUUUACCAGAUUUAAAAACAACGGAGAAAAAGCAAAAACAACCGGAAUUCAAACAAAAAAUAGACAAUAUCACCUCAUCUAAUUCAUCUUCAAUUGAACAAAAUGAAUCUAUGAAUAGUGUCAAAGAGCAUACACGUUUAGCUCCAUUAGCAUCAUGUGAAGUAAUACCAGAUGAAUCGGAGACAAUCAAUAUUAAACAAGAAUCAUUCAAUAAUAAACAAUUAUCUGUAUCUAUAAACAAUAAUGUAAAUAAUAUAGAUAAUCAAUAUCAAUCUAAUCCCGGUCUAGCUAAUUCUCUCAAUCCUAAUUUACAUAAUAUAACAUGUAAUCAUUUAGAUAAUCAAUUGGAUCAAUGUAGAACUGUGUUCAAUGAAGAAAAACAUUACAAGUUGGAUCAUGUUGAAAUAAUAAAACAGGAAGGAAUUAAAACAGGAGAACAAUACAAGCAUAAUUUAUUAGCAGACAUAUCAAAAUCAGAUGUGGCCAUAUCCAUUUCAUAUGAAAAUCAGCCAACUGAACAUUUUAAAUAUCCACCAACCGAAGAGAUUGAUUCUAAGAAUGUUACAAAGACAAAUGAGGAAAGUUUAGAUCAAUUAACGAUGUUGACUAAUCAACAACAAUUGAGUUUUCUUCAUUGGCCAUCUAAUAAUCUUAUUCAUAGCAACAGUAAUAAUAACAAUAAUAAUAGUCAGUAUUCAAAACUAAGAAAAUCUCCAUCAUCCCUUAAUUAUUCAAAUGAUAAUAAUCGAUUAUUAGAGAGUUAUUUAAAUCAAACUAUUGGUUCAUCAUUAUUGGCAACAGAAACCAAUACAGAUCGGAUACAAUCACGAAGAAGUUUUGAUAAAGUUCCUGAAGAUAAUAUACAACAACAAGUAUCAUUGGAAUGUCAAAAACAAUUAAAAGAUACUACUGAAUUAUCAAAUCAUACUUCAAUGAAACAAUCAACAAUCAUGUUAAAAUCAUCAUCAUUAACAAUCAAUAAUACAAGCAAGUAUUAUCCAGUUGCUGAGAGUUUAGAUUUAGCUACACGAUUAACAAUUUUAAAAAAAUCCCCUAAAUCAUUUACAGCAUGUCAAUCAUUAGCAAAACAUACAAUGAUUGCAGCAUUAAAUUGUUCUGGUGCAUUUGUACAUUUAAAACCAACCACAAUAAUACAAUAUCCAAUUCAUCAAUCAUCCAAUGAUGAUAAUGAUAAUCAUAACCAUACCCAAUUGAAAUAUUUAGAUAAUUAUUUACAAUGCAAAAAUAUAAUGAUUCGAUCAUCUCCAUCAAGUCCAAAUAAGUAUUCAACAGAGAUUUGUUCAGAUAUUAAAAAUGCGAAACAAUGUGUGAAUAUACAUGGUACCUCUCAAGAAAGCGAGAACACUGAUAUAGAUUCAUUGAAAACUGUCAAACAUAAUUCUACGAAAUCCACUGAUGUUUUAGAAACUUCAACAAACAUUAAACAGUCAAUUCAAAGUUAUAACAAACAGACUAGAGUAGUCAAUUCGAAUCAAACAACAAAUGAAUUGCGUCAAACUAUUCGAAAAGUCAGUGGAAAAGAAAUGGACCAUUUAGAUGAAAAUAAACCAUCCUUGGAAACAAUCAAUUCAUUAUCAUCAAAUAACAUUCAACGAAUUUCAGAUAUAAUGUUGAAAGAUAGAAAAGAUUCACUUAUUCCUCAACAAUUAGGAAUUGUUGACUGUGCCAGAGGAUCUGUAGUAUCAUGGUCCGGAGUUUCAAAUGUAUCAAAACCUAAACGUCCAUCAGUGUUCUCAUGCCCUGAAGCAGAAAUUGAAUCACCUAGAUCAAGUGUUAUAAAUCCAUCUCUUAAUGAAUUAGCUUCUAAUAAACGAACUCGACCAGGAGCAGUGGUCACUUCAUCUAGAAGAUCAAAACGACGAUCGAGUAACACAGCAGCUGCUCAAGCAUUUGCAGUCGCAACAGCAGGCAGUGCUAAUCCUCUAGCUGCAGUCGGAAUUAUGGGUUUAGGACCAAAUCUUUUUCGUUCUAGUGGUUAUCGUUUCACUGCUGGUACAGCGACUUCUGCAGCUUCACAAACUGGUCUAAGAUCAGGCCUAAUUCCUCAUUCCAAUCCUUCUAUUGGUAACAUUACUAAUAGUCCAAUUAUCAAUAGUGGUAGUAGUAGUAAUAAUAGUAGUAAUGUUAUGUCUACAGUUUUAAUCAAUCGUUCACAAAUUCAAAAUACUCCUAACUAUACUUAUCCACUAUCUCCUGGUAUUUCUAAUAAAGUAAUGUCACCAACAACCAUGGGAACAAGUGGAACAGUAGUAACAACAACAAUAAUGACUUCAUCAAUGGUAUCAACAACACCGACAGCAAAUACUACAUUUCGUUUAAAUUUAAAUAAGAGUGGACUGAAUCUAAUUACAACAUCAACACCAGGAACAAUAACAAAUACUAAUUCAAUAUCAAAUAACAAUACAUUCAAUUUUCAUCCGUAUAAUUUAACCAGUCCAACAUUAAUACAAUCAUCAUGUCUUGGUGUUGGAUCCAGUACAGGACAUUGUACAAAUCAAGCAAAAAGAAAUACAAUGUUAGCGACAGCAUCAUGUUUACGUGUAUUGAAUGUUGUAAGACAUUGGAUAACUAAAUUUCCAGAUGAUUUUGAAAGUGAUCCGGUUUUAAAACGAGAAAUGCAAACUCUGUUAGAUACUUUAGUCACUUGUCCUCAUUUAAUGCCUAAUGAUCAAAAAGUAGUUAAUCAAUUAUUACUUCAAAUGAUUUCUGAUCAAUUAGUACAAGAUAGAAUUGAUCUUGAUAGUAUAUUAACUCCAAGACAAAUCCCAUCAGAGAAAAAUUUUGAUCAACUAUCGGCAUUGGAUAUUUCAGAACAAUUAACUUUUCUAGAUUUUCAAAUAUUUCGGUCAAUACGUAGCGAGGAAUUACUUAAUCAAUCUUGGAUGAAAUUAGACAAAGAAGAGAAAGCUAAACAUGUUCUGCUUGUUUGUAAACGAUUCAAUGAGGUUAGUCGCCUAGUUGUUUCUGAGAUUAUAUCACGAACAGAUUUAAAUGAUCGAGUUAUGUGUAUUGAUAAAUGGGUUGCUAUCGCUGACAUUUGCCGGUGUAUGCAAAAUUAUAAUGGUGUAUUACAAAUAUGUUCAGCAUUAGUCAAUAGUUCUGUAUAUCGACUUAAACGUACCUGGGAACGUGUUAGUAAACAAACAAAACAAUCAAUUGAUCGUUUACAAAUGCUUGUUGCAUCCGAUGGACGGUUUAAAUCAAUGCGUGAAGCUUUACAUAGAUGUGAUCCUCCUUGUAUUCCUUACCUUGGAAUGUAUUUAACGGAUUUAUCAUUUAUUGAAGAAGGUGCAUUGAAUAUUACAGAGAAUAAUUUGGUCAAUUUUUGUAAAAUGCGUAUGAUAGCUCAUGUGAUACGUGAAGUUCAACAAUAUCAUCAAACACCAUAUCUUAUAACGCAUAGACAAGAAGUUACUGAUUAUCUAUUAGAUCCAUCAAGAUUACUUGAUGAAGAACAAACUUAUCAAGCAUCAUUAAUUAUUGAACCAAGACAAUCGAUUAAUCGGCAAUCUUUAUCAGGAUUCACAUAAUCGAUCAAUCAAUCAAUAAUAUGACAUGGAAACUAGAAAUCAAGAUAUUGAUUAUUUUCUAUAUAUUUCAAUAAAUAUAAAUGUAUCGAUAAUGAUUAAAGAAUUAAUUGCCUUGUUGUCAAGUGUUUGUUUUAUUUUUUAUUUUCUUUCCAAACUAUAUUCUUUCUUGAUUGUUUUCUUUUGUACUUCUCUUUUUAUAUCAUUUAAAUGUAUUUUAAAAAAACAAAAGGAGUACUUCAUUUGAAUUUAGUUACUAAGUCAAUAUGUUUGCAUUGAUAUGUGAUUGGAAAAUAAAACAAAAAAAAGUGAUUUAUGUUUAUCAUCUUUGAUUUCUAUAUUGAUUGAGGGUUUGUUUUUUUGUGUUUAUUAUGUAAUCAUUAUUUGUGAUUUGUCAAUAUGACCAUUGUACAUUCCAUAAUACACUUUUUUUCUUAACUCUAGGCAGUUUUCUUUUUUUGUUGCUUUGGUUUUGGACGUAAAUGUCAUUUACAUUGGAAUUCUUUUAAUUCUAUAAUAAGAAAGUUAACUACUAUCUAUUACAUAAUAAUAGUAAGAGUUAUAACUAAUUAUCUUUAAUUGUUUUUUCUCUCUGAUCAUUCUUUCAUCUAUGAUUUAUCUAGUUUAUUUUCAUUGUAUGUGUGCUCAUACCCUCUUGACUAUCAAUAUGAUCAGCCUCCCCCUCUCUCUAUAUACAUGUAUAAGUUUCUUUAGAUUAUUUCCUUUUGUCUGUUUCUAUGCAACAUUCCAUUAGUGGUUUUAAUUUGUUCAAAGAAAAGAAAUGAGAAAACAAAAUACUUUUUCCAUGAAUCAGAUUAUAAAUUGCCAAAUUUCUUAUUGUUUCUCUCUCUCUCUCUCUCUCGUUAUUAUUUUUGUCACAUUUGAUCAUUGAAAAAGCGCCAUUUUCAAAUUACCUUUUAAAUCAAAUAUGCUGCAUUUUAUGUUGUUUUUGUUGCUAUGCUUAUUUUUUUGUUGCUAUGUCUCUUUUCGUAUAUAUAGAUAUAUGUAAUUGUAAACACGUUUGAUAUUUCACAUCAUAUUAAGUGUUAAACUAUUUUAUUUAUGUGUAAUUUUGUAAGUUUGAUAGUUCACUAUUAAUUGAAUUCAGUUUUGUGAUAGAAAUAUAUAUACAUCUAUUGUUCAUGUCAACUUCUUAUUUAUUUCCCCGGCUGAUAUUCCUUUUUUUUCUUUUUUUUGCUUUUCUUUUUGUUCUUUUCUCAAGAAUAUUAUUUCACUUUUCUUCGGAGAUAUCAAAUAAUUUUUAUUAUUAUUAUUAUGAUUAUAUAGAUAGAUAGAUAUUUGAUUGUUUUAUUGAAUAGGGAGA